AUGACCAUGUUUCGCGCUUUCCUACUGCUGCUCUGUGCGCUCGCGGUUGCGCACCUGGCGGCCGCGGCGGAGUUCAAUCCCGCUCUCGCCACUCUCGCCGCAAGCCCCGACGACAGCCUCCUCGCCACGGGCAAAGCGCUCCCAGAUGACGCAAGCGAGGACGCGGAUGUGCUUAUAACGAACCGCGCUCUUGCGGAGGAGGGCGAAGCGUCGCGCCACAAUGGCGCUGUUCGCGUGCUGACGGAGGUCGACCUGCUCUCCCUUCUGGCGGAGGGGGACGCUUAUGCUGACGUGGCGGACACGCGGAGGAGCCUGAAGAAGAGGGGGAAGAAAUGCAGGAAGGGGAAGAAGGGGAAAAAGAAUGGCGGCGCGGUAGCAGCACCCGGUGGGGCGGGGGCGGCACUUGGUGCGGCUGCGUGCAGCAUGGCGGAGGUCGACCUGCCCUCCCAGAUUGAGGAGGGAGAUGCUGAUGCUGAGGUAGCAGACAUUCACAGGAGCCUGAAGAAGAAGGGGAAGAAAUGCAAGAAGGGGAAGAAAUGCAGGAAGGGGAAGAAGGGGAAGAAGGGGAAGAAGGGGAAAAAGAAUGGCGGCGCGGUAGCAGCACCUGGUGGGGCGGGGGCGGCACCUGGUGCUGAGGCCCCUGCCUACGCUGGCGGAGAUUCAGGUGCACCGAGUGGGGGCGAGGAGGCGGGCCCUGAUGGCGCGGCUGCUCGUAGCAUGGCCGAGGUCGACCUGCCCUCCCCGCUGGCGGAGGGCGAUGCUGAUGCUGACGUGGCGGACACGCGGAGGAGCCUGAAGAAGGGGAAGAAGUGCAAGAAGGGGAAAAAGGGCAAGAAAUGCAAGAAGGGGAAGAAGGGGAAAAAGAAUGCAAGCAAGGCAGCAGCACCUGGUGGGGCGGCACCUGGUGCUGAGACCCUUGCCGACACUGGUGCUGAUUCAGUUGGCUCUGAUGGCGCGCCUGGUCGCAGCAUGGCGGAGGUCGACCAGCUCCCCCCGCUGGCGGAGGGAGAUGCUGAUGCUGAUGCUGCGGACACGCGGAGGAGCCUGAAGAAGGGGAAGAAGUGCAAGAAGGGGAAAAAGGGCAAGAGAUGCAAGAAGGGGAAGAAGGGGAAAAAGAAUGCAAGCAAGGCAGCACCACCUGGUGGGACGGCACCUGGUGCUGAGACCCCUGCCGACGCUGGUGCUGAUUCAGUUGGCUCUGAUGGCGCGCCUGGUCGCAGCAUGGCGGAGGUCGACCAGCUUCCCCCGCUGGCGGAGGGAGAUGCUGAUGCUGAUGCUGCGGACACGCGGAGGAGCCUGAAGAAGGGGAAGAAGUGCAAGAAGGGGAAAAAGGGCAAGAAAUGCAAGAAGGGGAAGAAGGGGAAAAAGAACGCAAGCAAGGCAGCAGCACCUGGUGGGACGGCACCUGGUGCUGAGACCCCUGCCGACGCUGGUGCUGAUUCAGUUGGCUCUGAUGGCGCGCCUGGUCGCAGCAUGGCGGAGGUCGACCAGCUUCCCCCGCUGGCGGAGGGAGAUGCUGAUGCUGAUGCUGCGGACACGCGGAGGAGCGUGAAGAAGGGGAAGAAGUGCAAGAAGGGGAGAAAGGGCAAGAAAUGCAAGAAGGGGAAGAAGGGGAAAAAGAAUGCAAGCAAGGCAGCAGCACCUGGUGGGACGGCACCUGGUGCUGAGACCCCUGCCGACGCUGGUGCUGAUUCAGUUGGCUGUGAUGGCGCGCGUGGUCGCAGCAUGGCGGAGGUCGACCAGCUCCCCCCGCUGGCGGAGGGAGAUGCUGAUGCUGAUGCUGCGGACACCCGGAGGAGCGUGAAGAAGUGCGAGAAGCGCGAGAAGCACGAGAAGCCGCGUGAGCUGAACGAGAAGGGCGGGAAGCGUGAGGAGGGCGCGAAGCGCGAGGAGGGAAAGAAGCACUAG